AUGGCUGACAGUCCCCUUAAAAUAUUUGUGCGCCAACAAGAUCGAACAGCAAAUGUAAAAUCAAAUGUGGCCAUUGCCAAAUUAUCAAUGAUUGAUUUGGCUGGUUCUGAACGUGGUUCUGCCACUGGAUUUAGAGGAGCAAGAUUCAGGGAAGGUGCUAAUAUAAAUAAGUCCCUGCUGGCACUAGGAAACUGUAUCAAUGCACUUGCUGAUGGACAGAAACACAUUCCUUAUCGAGACAGCAAACUGACUCGUCUCCUGAAGGACUCUAUUGGUGGAAAUUGUCGCAGUGUUAUGAUUGCUGCUAUAUCUCCUGCCUCCACCACUUUUGAAGACACUUUCAACACUCUUCGUUAUGCUAACAGAGCCAAGACUAUCAAAACUACCCUUAAGAAGAACAUCAUGAAUGUAGAUCAACAUGUUUCACAGUAUGUCCAGAUAGUAGAUGAUUUACGGAAAGAAAUAUGUAGUCUAAAGGAAAAGUUUAUUAGUGCAAAAUAUGAAGAGAAGGAGAAGGAAUGGAUAUCCCUGAAAGAGAUUUCAGAAUCUAAAGAUCAGGAUUCAAGUAUGUUGCUUGAGCAACAAAAGGAGUAUGAGUGCCGAAUAGCUAGCAUGGAAAAUGAAAUUAUGGAGCUAAAAGCCAAGAGUGGUGUGGUAACAGAGGUAUCAGAGGAAGAAGCUGAAAUCCAGAGAAAGCUUGUGGAAGCCAGCAGUGAGAGGAAAGCACUCAGACGAGAGAUGUUGCAGUUAGAAAGUUCACAGAGGGAGGUAGAGCUCAAAAUCCAUACCUGUACCAUGCGUCUGAACAGGAUGAAAAUCAUUGCCUUUGCGUCACAACGGCUGGACAAGUAUCUGGAGCAUUUGUUCUCAAACUGUAUUAUGACCUACAUGUGUCAUGGUUAUCCUCUAAAGUAUCUCAAAGUGUGA